AUGGACAGUUCAGGCGAGACGCAAGAUUCCGCAGAAUGGAUUGAUUCUGUGCAAGCUGUCGCAGAAGAUCAAGAAGAAACACCUCGAAGCUGUGCAGCUCGUGUACUUGGCAUUGUUUGGUGCGGCUUCUGUAUGAUUAUGGUUGCCUCAUACACCGCCAAUUUAGCAGCCUUCCUCGUGUUGGACCAACCGGAGAAAGGACUCACUGGAAUCACUGAUCCUCGGCUACGCAAUCCAUCAGCUAACUUUUCCUUCGCUACGGUGCUUAAUUCGAACGUCUACCAGUACUUCAAGAGGCAUGUGGAACUAUCAACAAUGUUUCGCAAAAUGGAAGCUCACAAUAUGGAAAAGGUGUCUGAUGCUGUAGCUGCUCUUUUAAACGGCAAAUUUGCGUCUUCUAGUAAACGGUAUUUCUUCGCUUCUGAGGAGAAGAAGAAGAGGGGGUGGUCGGGAGGGGGGUCGUAUUCAAGAGGAUCGCUCGAUGCGUUCAUUUGGGAUUCAAUGCGUCUAGAUUUCGAAGCAGCUCGACAUUGUGACCUUCGCACCAGAGGUGCUUUAUUUGGUCGAAGUGCUUACGGAAUCGGUUUGCAGAAAAACAGUCCCUGGACACCACACAUCACUUCGGCUAUAUUGCGGAUGGCCGAAAGUGGGACCAUGGAGAAGCUGGACGCGAAGUGGGUGGACAACAAAGAGUCGAAAUGUACAACAGAAACUCACAAAUCGCCAGCGAGGCUUAGUCUUUGGAACAUGAGGGACGUGUUCAUCCUCGUGACUGGUGGAGUUGCCGUUGGAGCGUUGUGUAGCUCCAUCGAAGUGAUCUACGGAAGAAGGAAGGCCAGGAAAGGGCGUGAGAGAGCACUUGCUGCUCGAUAUCUACAGAAAUGGCGCACCAUAAUGUCUCAGGGACGUCUACGGUCUCAGUAUGAUCUGUCUCGCCCCGUUAUUCGAAGAGGUUUCGCAGGACUGGAGCCCUGUACACUCGCUGAUAUAAGAAAACGAGAGUUGGCUCGAUCGAAACAGAAGAUAGGAGACAGAUCUUUUCUUCAUCCAUCGCCGUUUGUGCCGGAUCUCAACUUUGGGCGACACUCCGUUGCGCUGUUUUGCAGUCGCUGUAGAAACCUCGUGGAAACGGACGUACACCGUGAAUGUGGACUUUUUGCCUACGUAUGGUGUGUACUAUUCGUGCUCCUAUUUCUGUGGCCAUGUUCCCCUCUGCCGUGUUUCAUGGAAGCGUUUGCUGACUUCGUACAUGUUUGUCCUAUUUGCUGUCAUAAGAUUGGUAGAUAUCGGAGAGGUAGACGACCUAAGUUCUAUGUUUGA